ACGCCAAUUACUGUAAAGGUCCGAUCCAUUGAAGAUAAUUCUAUCGAUCUUCAAGUUCAGUCUUGAUUGGCAUGAUCCACUGUUCUGAUCAAUUAUCAUAUCCCCUGACUGUACGGUCAACCGAAACGUCCUAGCUUUAUCUAUUGACAGGCAGUGGCCGACGCGAUUACAUCCUAACCCAUGUCAACCAAGCUCAUACUGAACGACGAAGAUUCAUUAUAGAGACGAUAAUCCGACCACACAACUUUUAUCUGACGAAACAUUUUUCACAUGGAGCAAGAGCCCGCUGCGGCGGAAGCUGCAAUUCCUCGUCUCAUGCGGCUCCGGGACCCCAGUUGCUCCUCCGAUUUCACCGCCCCAUCUCCAGCAGGCUUCAAGCUUGAUGAAGGUUAUGCUGACGAGACAAAAAGCCAGUCGGACAAUGAUUGCUUGAAACCGUCUUCAGGCGAUGCGAUGUCCCUUCCGGAUUGGCUCCUUGCACUCCGAGAAGCGGACAAAGCUGAAUUCGCUUAUAACUUGCUACGGACCCUACGAACCUCUACUAUUGCCUCGGUCGUCGAUCGACUCGCCCCUCUGUUGCACAUGGACCCUGUUCUCAAGCUACCGCCCGAAAUCACAUCCGAGAUCUUCUCCUACCUUGACCCCAAGACCCUUUUGACGGCGUCAUUAGCAUCCCGUGCUUGGCGCAGCCGUAUCUGUGACACUCGACUAUGGAGAGACCUAUACAUCAGCGAAGGCUGGCGCGUUGACAUCGACGCCAUCCGCACAUUCGAACAGAAGCACUCCGCGCUAUCCUCGCCGCAGAGUCGCAAGUCCCGAUCGAGACAUGAAGACCCAGAUGCUGGAGAGCCGAAGAAUAAAAAAAGAGUCCCUCAGGGUUGGCUGGACUUGCGUGCUACAGAAACAGUAUCGGAUGACGCGCCAGCACGGGAUCUCGGAGCGCCCGUGGAAGCGGAUAGUGAGGGAGACCACCAGAUGAGUGAUGUUGUGAACGACCGUGGCGUGUCGGCAGCCUCGAGAUCUUCGCCGCUGUCUCCCAGUAACAGACGUGAUUCCCGAACUGUCGAUUUACCCACAUCGAACGGUCAGCGGCUGUCCACUUCCCCAAAGUCCCAAAUCAUGAUUCGAAUGCCUAAUGGCGCCGUGCGAAUUAACUGGCCGCACCUCUACAAACAACGAAGACGCUUGGAAGAUAACUGGGCGAAAGGCCGCUUCACUAACUUUCAACUCCCGCAUCCGGCCCACCCAGAAGAGGCUCAUCUGGAGUGUGUGUAUGCAAUUCAGUUUAUAGGGAGAUGGCUCGUCAGCGGUAGCCGAGAUCGGACUGUUCGCGUUUGGGAUUUGGAGACCAAAAGGCUUCGGUAUCGUCCCCUUGUCGGUCACACAAAGUCGGUCCUAUGCCUACAGUUUGACCCGCGGCCGUCGGAAGAUGUCAUAAUAUCGGGCAGUAGCGACAAAAACGUCAUAAUUUGGCGAUUCUCUACCGGUGAGAAAAUCCAUGAAAUCACGUCCGCUCAUGAUGACUCCGUCCUGAACCUCAGAUUCGACGAGCGCUAUCUUGUUACGUGCUCUAAGGAUAAACUCAUCAAGAUCUGGAAUCGACGAGAACUUACACCACUAGACAAAGAUUAUCCCAGCGUUCAUCAAGGAGUCGGAGUUACGUAUCCGUCUUAUAUUAUUGACACCAGCGAAAUUCCAUCUCCCGUUUUAGAAGCAGAGCUUGCCAAAAACCACAUCAGAAGCUUGAGGCCUUACUCUCUUUUGAUGACGUUGGAUGGACACGGGGCAGCGGUUAAUGCGAUACAGAUGAACGACGAUGAGAUCGUUUCUGCGUCCGGGGAUCGUCUCAUCAAGAUUUGGGACAUCCACAGCGGUGCAUGCAAGAAGGCUCUGCCGGGGCAUGAAAAAGGCAUUGCGUGCGUGCAAUUCGACAACCGACGUAUUAUCAGCGGAAGCAAUGACGAUACAGUCCGAAUUUUUGAUCAUGCCUCUGGCGCAGAGGUCGCUUGUUUACAUGGACAUGCCAAUUUGGUAAGAACCGUCCAGGCUGGCUUCGGUGAUCCACCGGGCGCCGAGGAAGCCAUGAGACUUGAGGCUCUGGCAAUCGAGAAUGAGUUCUGGGACGCUCAACGCUCCGGUGAAGGGGUGGACUUGGGUCCUAGUGCCCUCAGACGCGCCGGCUAUCAUCAAAACACUGCGGGUUCGCGGAACCCUCGGGACAUCAAGGCCCUGGGUGCCAAAAUACCUCCAGGCGGAGGUGGCAGUCAAUGGGGUCGGAUCGUCUCGGGGUCAUACGACGAAUCAAUCAUAAUCUGGAAAAAAGACAAAGAGGGCCGAUGGGUCAUAAGCCAGCGAUUACGGCAGGCCGACGCCGUCGACAACGCUUCACAGGCGCACCCAUCCUCUUCGCGGACAAUGGUUCCUCCCCCGCGAGCUCCGCAGAAUCAGGGUCUGUCUUUGCCUCAGGGGCAAGCGGCUGUGCCUCCCCCUGGACAAGCACCUUCCACGCAGCAUCUCCCCCACAUCAACCAAAAUCAUCAUCAGGCUCCUAUCACUCAUCCUGCGCCUGGUCAGCAAGUUGCUUUCUGGAACUCCUGGAACACAGGUAACGCCAACGCUCAACUAGGGCACGCUGCGAAUCCGGCCCUGUUGAUCCAGGCCCAACAUCAUAUGCAGAACGCGCAGCCCAUGCCAAACACCGUACCGCCGCACCACCAGCACCAUGUCCGCGUGAACCGAGCUCUGAACCCGCAAGGCGGCCACCCUACGUCGAGAAUCUUCAAACUGCAGUUCGAUGCUCGCAAGAUCAUCUGCGCCAGCCAGGAUCCCAGGAUCGUGGGAUGGGACUUUGUGGGCGAUGACGAAGAACUCAAUGAAGCGUGCCAAUUCUUUACCGGUCUUUAAUACUUUAUCGACCUUCGUUCCCGGUUCGAGUGCACUUUCUCUCGGGCCUUUUCUCGUCACAUAAUUCUUUCUCUGUCCUUAUUAGCAUGACCACUUCACUUUCUGUGCAUCUAUGCCAGCCAUUCUUCUCUAUGCCUCAUAAUCCUUUGCUACUUGCGGCACAUUUGGUCUUUUCCGUUUGGACCUCUGCAUCUCGGGUUCAUCGCCUUUCCUUCCAAGCCUUCUCAUACUUUUUCAUAUUUUUCCCACCACAGCACACGCAUAUUAUCCCAUACUUUUCUAUGUCCAAGCAUAUUUGCAUGUGAGCAACGGAGUUGCUGGUAUAUGACUUAGCCAUUUGGAUGUCUUUAUUGGUUCUCUUUCCAAUCAUAAUGAAAGAAAUAAUGAUACAGUUACAAGGCUUGGUGUCUGUUCGUAAUGCAACACCAAGGGAGCCAAG